UAUCCAUGGCAACAGCAGACUGCAGGAUAGAUGGAACGAUGUCAUUUGGAGUUAAAAGCCUCUCUGCUAUAUGACAUCAUAAUGUCAGGAUGGAACGGAAUGAUGUAAUUAAGCCAUAUUUAGUGUAUAAGUACAGGACUGGCACCAAGUGUGAAUCAGAGACAUUAUUCCACUCAGAGAAGUUUGACAGUCACACGUUCGUGCACUUUGCAAACGGAAAAACAUUGACAGAGGAGAAUAUCAACUGAUCCUACAGAAGUCAUGUCGGAAUACGUUGAAUCCAAGGUUUACCCUUCAGAAGAUUUCCACUCCGGUUCUUCGGAAGGUCAGUUUAAUUGUGAACUGAAGGACGGCGAGGCGGGGCGAACCCAAAGUGCACCCGAGGAGAGAAACCUCCUCCAGUCCAGUUUCCACGUUCGGCUCCGAGAACAGGACGACGUCGACUGGAGCCGUGAGAGAAAAGUAAUGCAGAUGAAUAUGGAGUUCAUGAAAUCGGAGCUGGAGCGGCUCGGAGGCGCGCUCCAGAACGCCCAUGGACAAGGUGCUAAGCAGUGGCUGUUCAUAAAAGACCAGCAGAUACUGCUUAACGAAAUGAAGGGAGAGAUUAAAGCCCUUGAACAGGAGCUCUGCGCUGAAAAGGUCAAUAAAACCUUCAUCGAGUUGGAACUGGAAGAAGCUCUGGAAAGCGAGAAGACUCAAUCACAAAAGAUACACUGUGAACUGAGCAAGCUGAGAGAAGCUGUCCAAGCACAGGAGGAGCAGGCCAAGCUGCGUCGCAAGCCUCCUCCUUGUCCUCCUGAGACCAGAAAAAGGUCAAGAGCCGUCCUUGUGGCUGAGCUUCGGGAGCAGACAGAGGAAAACACCGCCCUCGUGGUUGCUUUGGAGGAGGCCGAGCGGGAGAAGUCAUCCCUCUCUGAUCUGACUAAAAAGCAGGAAGAUCAGAUUGCCUGCUUGGUUUCUCAGCUUCAUGUGGAAAAACUGAGAAACACAGAGCUCGCGGCCGCUCUGGAGGCGGCCGAAUGGGAGCUCGAGGCCGGACGGCACCAGCAGCAGGACAAGGCGCAGGUCGAAGAAGAGCUGGAGAAGCAGCAAGUGGACACCAAAAGGUUGUCAAAAGUCGUGGAUCAGUCUGAAGACUCGCCGCGGACUAAGACCUGCUUCUUCUGUAAAGACAAGAAAAGCACCGCCGAGGAGGCGACAGCGGGAUACAUCGACCUCAUUCUGUCUCAGCUGGAACAACAAAAGCAGAAGAAACAGAAGCUCGCGGCUGUUCUGAAGAAGACCGAGCAGGGAAAUUCAUCCUUUUCAGCACAGCUUCAGGGUGCCAAUCUUGCCCAGCCGGAUGCUCGGAUCCAAAUCACCAAGGACCUCAUGGCUGAUCUGACUAGAAAGCUGGAAGGUCAGACUGCCACCUUUGUUGCUCAGCUUCAUGAGCAAAAACUGAGAAACACCGAGCUCUUGGAUGCUCUGGAGGCGGCCGAGUGGGAGCUGUUGGCCGGAUGGCGCCAGCAGCAGGACAUAGCGCUGGUUGAGGAAGAGCUGGAGAUGCUGCGAGUGGAGACCGAAGGGUUGGCAAAAGUUGUGGAUCAGUCCAAACAAUUGCCGCGGACUCAGCCCUCCAACAAGAAAAGCACCAUCCAGGAGUCGACAGAGGAACACAUGGCCCUCAUUCUGUCUCAGCUGGAACAACAAAAGCAGAAGAAACAGAAGCUCGCGGCUACUCUGGAGAAGGCUGAGUGUGAGAUCGAGGCCGGACGGAUCCGGUGGCAGGAAGAGGCGCAUGUCGAAGAGGCGCAUGUCGAAGAAGAGCUGGAGAAGCAGCAAGUGGAGACCACCAAUGCGGCGACAGAGGAACACAUCGCCCUCAUUCUGUCUAAGCUGGAACGACAAAGGCAGAAGAAAAAGAAGCUCGCGGCUGCUCUGAAGAAAGCUGAGCAGGAAAAUUCAUCCCUCUCAGCACAGCUUAAGGACCUCACGGCUGAUCUGACUAGAAAGCAUGAAGCUCAGACCGCCUCCUUUGUUGCUCAGCUUGUUGAGGAAAAAGAGAGGAACUCCACUCUCGCGGCUACUCUGAAGAAGACUAAGCGGGAGCUGAAGGACAAGUCAUCCCUCCUUCAGGCCACAGAAGACCUCAACGAGACUCUGCGUGAAAAGGAGCAGGAGUGGAAUGAGUCGGAGAGCACCCUGAAGACCCAGCUGGCUGAUCUACAGAACCAGAUCGCCAAGAAAAAGAACAAGUGGCUCAGGAGGCUCUUCUGCUGCACGACUCAACACUGAGGCGAAAAAAACGCACCACAUACACUCACACAAACACAUGUUCUUGUAUACUUGUGAGGACUGAUCAGUCUUAACCCCCUAAACAGCUCUUAGGCGGCGUAUGACUUGGUUUUUGACUGUGUGAAGUGAAGUGAGUUCACUUUUCUGGUCUAAAACUGAUACUGGUCCUCACAAAUAUAUGAUUACUAAUGCACACACACACAAGUUCUUGUAUACUUGUGAGGACUGAUCAGUCUUAACCCCCUAAACAGCUCUUAGGCGGCGUAUGACUUGGUUUUUGACUGUGUGAAGUGAAGUGAGUUCACUUUUCUGGUCUAAAACUGAUACUGGUCCUCACAAAUAUAUGAUUACUAAU